UUCACCUAUCCGUUAAAUAACAUGAGUUUCUGUUGCUCUGUAUUUCUAACAGUGCUGGUAGCAGGAGAAAGAUACCUUGCAGUCUGCAGACCAACAGAAUACAGAGAUAUCAAUCUGUCCAAAUCAGUUAGCAUGAGGGUUCUCUGCUAUGUGGUUCCUGUGGUUCUGGGAAGCAUUGCUCUAAACAUUCCAAAAUUUUUCGAAACUGAGUUCACAUACACGAACAGUUCGACUAACGAGAGUAUGGGACAGGGUUCAAUAGAAGGGUUUAAUGUGACUCCUCUUAAACUAGAUCCAAACUAUAUUAAAUACUACACAUUUAUAAUCAGGCUUCUACUUACUGGAAUUCUACCUAUCGCAUUUCUUUCCUUCUUCAACACAAAAAUAUAUAUUGGUAUACGAGCACUGCAACAACGAAAUAUAAACAAGAAAGCCAACACAGCAGAGGUUUCAAGAAGACAACAAAAUAUGAAGAGUGAGAUGAAUCUUGCAGUAGUUCUGGUUUGCAUUGUGGUCGUCUUCCUAGUCUGCCAUAUACCUAGACUUUUGCUGAAUCUUCUCGAGUUUUUGUACCUGUCAGAGAGCAAAACCUGUCUUGAUCAACCUGGCUGGUUUCUUUGCGUUACAGGGUUUAGUCACCUUCUCCUCAUCUUGAACUCCAGCACCAACUUCGUGAUCUACUGCCUUCUCAACAAUGAUUUCAAGGAUAUUCUUCAGUUCAAGUUCAAGAAAACCAUCCGCAGCGUCAGCAGGAGAGCUAAUAGUCGACCAUCUGAUGGGGCUCAAAUAGAAAUGCAAGCAUUGCAGAGAAGGGCUAUGGAGACCCUAACUACCUUGAACAAUGUUGUUGUUAAUUCCACAGCUGUUACUGAGUUCACAUCAGCAGAAGACGAUGCUGUUGAUGCUGUUGAUGCUGUUGUUAGUGUUGAAAGCCACUUGAUUACUGCAGGAGAACCUAGACCAUGCUUGGUUUAGUUUUAGGAUACAGGAUACAGGAUACAAGUUCUUUUCACGAGAAGAGACAGGAUACAGGAGUUCUAUUCACUAGAAGAGACAGGAUACAGGAGUUCUAUUCACCAGAAGAUACAGGAUACCGUAGUCCUAUUCACUAGAAGAUACAGGUUACAGGAGUCCUAUUCACCAGAAGAUACAGGAUACAGGAGUCCUAUUAACUAGAAGAUACAGGAUACCGUAGUCCUAUUCACUAGAAGAUACAGGUUACAGGAGUAAUAGAAUUAUGGAAUUAUGGCUAAAAUUCUAUAAUCUCUGCAUUUCCUUAGUUUAACCUGUAUUUUAUUGUGACUAAUAAAUAUAUUCAUAUCAUUCGGCUUAUACCAGCCCCAAUAUAACUUUAUAUGAAUAUUAUACCGGCCCCAAUAUAACUUAAUAUAAAUAUUGUACCGGCCCACGGCCCAUUAGUUAAUGUACCGGCCAGCGGCCCAGCAGUUAAUUACCAGUGUAUGGCCUAGCAAUUAAUGUACUGGCCAAUGGUCCAGCAGUUAAUUACCAGUGCAUGGCCUAGCAAUUAAUGUACCGGCCAAUGGCCCAGCAGUUAAUUACCAGUGUAUGGCCUAGCAAUUAAUGUACUGGCCAACGGCCCAGCAGUUAAUUACCAGUGCAUGGCCUAGCAAUUAAUGUACCGGCCAAUGGCCCAGCAGUUAAUUACCAGUGUAUGGCCUAGCAAUUAGUGUACCGGCCAACGGCCCAGCAGUUAAUUACCAGUGCAUGGCCUAGCAAUUAAUGUACCGGCCAACGGCCCAGCAGUUAAUAACCAGUGCAUGGCCUAGCAAUUAAUGUACUGGCCAACGGCCCAGCAGUUAAUUACCAGUGCAUGGCCUAGCAAUUAAUGUACCGGUCAAUGGCCCAGCAGUUAAUUACCAGUGCAUGGCCUAGCAAUUAAUGUACUGGCCAACGGCCCAGCAGUUAAUCACCAGCACACGACUUAUUAGUUAAUGUACCGGCCAACGGCCCAGCAGUUAAUUACAAAUGAACGACCCAUUCGUUAAUGUACCAGCCAACGGUCAAACAGUCAAUGUAUCAGCCCAGGGUCCAUCAAUUAAUGUACCUGGUACACAGUUUCAAUUGUACCAGAGCUGAUUGAUCAGCAUUGUAUUUAAAGUUUAAUCAUUGUUAAACAAAUUAUUAGCCAACAGUUUAUCGGUUGAUGAUGCAACUGUGGGAAAAAUGAAGAAAAAAUGAAGAAGAAAAAAUCAGGAGCCCACAAUUACCUUUUUUUAACGCUAAUUAGUAGUUGGUGAUCAACUACAGAAAAAUUUUCUGAGCUGAAAACUUUAGAAUGAGAUAUAAUCUUAAAUGGCGCGCAAAAUUUCAAAUUAAUCGCCUUCAUAUA